UUGACCCGAGCUGAAUUUCGAGGAUUUUGGAUAUAUACAAUCUUUAAAUCAGGAAAAUAAAAUUAAAAAGGCAUCGAUCUAUUAGAUUCGCUGAUUACCUAAUUCAGCAAUCCAAACAAAAAUGUUUCGUAUGACAUUGAUGUAUAAUUCGAAAAAUUUAUGCCGUUUAAAGCUAUUGACCAGGAAUCGGAUUCUUGUUGCUUGUUGGGGAAUUAAUGGAUACGAUACUACAAUUGAAACAACAACUUCAUCAAGUAUACGUUUGAUAAAUUCAUAUGUGAAUAAUAAUGUUGAUAAAAGAUUCAUUGUUCCGAUUUCAAAUAAACGGACGUUUAGUUCUGGUAAUUUACCAACUCAUUAUAAGGUUGCAUUACCUGCGUUAUCACCUACCAUGGAAAUGGGUACGAUUGUUUCCUGGGAAAAGAAAGAAGGUGAUCGUUUGAAUGAAGGAGAUUUAUUAGCCGAAAUCGAAACGGAUAAAGCAACAAUGGGUUUUGAAACACCAGAAGAAGGUUAUCUAGCAAAAAUUUUAAUACCGGCUGGUACAAAAGAUAUUCCCAUUGGAAAAUUAUUAUGCAUAAUAGUUCCGGAGCAAAGCGAUAUUGACGCCUUUGUCAAUUAUGUGCCUACAGAAUCAUCUACCAGUGAAAAAACGCCGAAAAAAACAAGUGAACCCCCGAAAUCACAACCACCAUAUACGGUGCAACAAACAAAAACAGACGCAACACCGGAAAAACCAGCCACAGUUGCAGCCUCAAUGCCUCGUUCACAACCGAUUGUAAGCCAAAUUUUUACCGGUACUGCAGGACGAAUAUUUGCUAGUCCACUUGCAAAAACAAUAGCCAAGGAAAAAGGGAUUGAUCUCGCAAGAUUAUCAGGCAGUGGACCAAGCGGUCGAAUUCGUGCUCAAGAUGUAAUAAAUGCACCAUCAAUGUUGGCCAUGACAAUGACUCCCUCCAUGAUGACAUCAUUCGAAGAUAUUCCAAUGACAAAUAUGCGACAAGUCAUUGCUAAACGAUUGAUGAUGUCUAAACAAACCAUACCGCAUUAUUAUUUAACUGCCGAAAUCGAAGUCGACGAAAUUCUUAGGGCGAGAGAACAACUGAAUGAAAUGCUCAAAUCUGAAAACACUAAACUAUCCGUGAAUGAUUUUUUAAUCAAAGCAUCGGCUUUGGCAUGCCAAAAAGUACCGCAGGUUAAUUCAUCAUGGCAAGAUACAUUUAUACGCCAAUAUAAUUCAGUCGAUAUAUCAGUAGCGGUCAGUACGGAUGCAGGACUCAUCACGCCAAUCAUUUUUGGUGCCGAGAAAAAAGGUCUGAUCGAAAUAUCUAAUGAUGUAAAAGCUUUAGCCAAAAAAGCACGUGAUGGUAAAUUACAACCACAAGAAUUUCAAGGUGGUACAUUCACCAUAUCAAAUCUGGGCAUGUUUGGUGUAACAGAAUUUUCAGCAGUCAUCAAUCCACCACAAUCAUGUAUAUUAGCUGUCGGUAAUACUGAAAAACGUUUAGUACCGGGUGGAGAUAAUAAACCACGAUCAGCCAGCCUAUUAACGGUGACAUUAAGCUGUGAUCAUCGUGUCGUUGAUGGUGCUGUGGGUGCAACUUGGUUGAAACAUUUUCGACAAUUGAUAUCUAAACCAUUUAGCAUGAUGCUUUAGUCAUGUAAAAAAACUUGAAUAUUCUGAAUUUAGCAAUCAAUUUUAAAUUAUUGUUUGUUUUUCUUUUAAAAAAAGUUA